AUGUCACGGGAUCGUACCUUGUCUGGUGACUCUGGAUUCUCAUGUCACUGUGCUGGAUUGAGCUUUAGCGGGGGCAGUGGAAUAACUGAUUUCAAUUCAGUGUUACCUCCGUGUUCGAGUCCGGUUUCAUGCUUACGAGCCUCUGGAUGUUUCCCAGCCAGCCGACUAGUGCCUGGUGCUCAGCUGGCUCGAGUAACCAUUGGCGACUCACAUAUCGGCAGGUCUGAUGAGCGGUCAACUGCUUUCAGGAACCGUACUGUCGAGGAACCAGAUGUUGCUGUCUCCUUAUUCGAUCUCUCACAAGGCAUCAUGGCAGCAGCCGUUAGGCCUGCUGAAUCUGAGUCAUCUGGAGCUUCUGUGGCCGCCACCUCAAGUCCUUGUCUGGUAGGGCAACUGAAUUCUAUGCUUCUGACAAAUUCAACCUUUUCUGCUUACUCUUCGCCCUUGGCUGCUGCUGGAUUGUGUAACUCUCCUAUUGCUGCAGAUGGAUCUGGUGAUCAAGAAAACCGUUGUUCAACCACCAUUGCUACUGCCCCUACAAGCUACUCUUCGUUCUGCCACAUUUGUAACCAGCAUUUUGCAAAUACUCCGGAUUUCCACUCCUGUACGAUUUUGCCUCUUCUUUCUCCAGCAUCGGCAGUCCAGCAGUUACAACAAUCAUCGACUGCAACAACAGCUAACCAGCCGCUUUAUUGUGGAGUAAGACAUCAACGGACAAUUUCUGAAUCAAGUGAUGCUGAUGGAGACCUCGAGAUGUGGCUCACCGGUGCACCUGGUGGCUUAGUGGCAUCUGGUGCUGGAGUGGGACCCUCCGGACAGCUGGGAUUCACUCUCCACCAGUUAAUGCACGAGAGUCACAAGCCGAGCUGUGCUGACCACCCGACAAAUUUGGAUCAAGAAAUCGGACAAUCUAUACUUGGGCAGAUUCACCAUGAAUUGGCUCGCCUCCAUGAAGCCGGUCGCUUCCUCAAUGACCGUCGUAAUGGUUGGUCCCGUGCAGGUCUUGGCCAGGAUGUGCCUCUUUUUGGCGAUAAGGUGCUCCCGCCAGCGGGACCUGCCUCCGCUACGGGUGCAUCAGUUUGCAUUCCUCCGGAGGCUCAUGAGACUUCUAUUCUAGCAGAAAUUCCAGAAUAUGAUAGAGAUGAAGAGGCCAAAUUACUAGCACAGAAUGACCAUGGAAUCGAUUGGCAAGCUGUCGUGUUUCAUGAGAAACACGCUGCUCAACUUGGUUGUCUUGAGGCCAUGAUCAUUAUGGCUCAUUAUUAUCUUGGUCUGCCUACUCAAUUGUUCUGUGAUUGUCCCAUCAAGGUUAGCAUGUAUGCUUUAUUAUAA